GAAUGAAAUAAUCAAAUAAGUCCUACCAAAAUGACUAAACUGUGAACGAUUUAAAGUUAAAGAAAAACUUAAGGAAAGCCAGGCCGGAUACCUUUGGAGCCCAUUGCGCCCUGUCACUGCCGAUCCCUCUGUGCUUGUUUUGAGGCGAGCGCAAUGGGAUGGGGCUUGUGUGUCGAGUCUAGCGCGACCAAUGAACGCGCCGCUGCCACAUCUGUCAAGCGCUUCUAACCAAUCGACAGCAGCGCGAGGCGGAUCUCAGGUGCGCGCCUCUGCGUCCUCGCGGCUCUGGCGCGCUGGGGAGCCGCCUGUGGCACAGAGUAGCUGUGGAAACUAUGGCGACCGCGGCGUCCAACCACUACAGCAUCCUCACGUCCAGCUCGGAGCCCGGCAGCAUGCAGCAGACGCCGCCGCCGCCGGCCUACAGGGACGCGCACAGCCUUCUGCAGAGCGAGUACACCACCCUGCAGAGCAGCGGGAGCACGCUCGGCCACGCGCACCAGUGGCUGACGGCGGCGCUGUCUCACGGGGGAGAGGGGUCGCCGUGGCCCGCCAGCCCGCUGGGCGAGCAGGACAUUAAGCCGGUGGAGGAGCUGCAGCACUCGCCGAGGCAGGCGCAUCUGGUGCAGCAGAGCCAGCAGCAUCACGAGGCAGCCGCUUGGCGCGCCACCACCAUGCCGAGCAUGAGCACCUCCAACGGGCAGAGCCUCAUCUACUCUCAGCCCGGCUACGGUGAGCCCGGCGGGAUGCACCACGAGGACCACCACAGCCCGCAUCUGAGCGAGCACGGCCACCCGCAGAGCCUGCACUCGGACGAGGACACGCCGACCUCGGACGACCUGGAGCAGUUCGCCAAGCAGUUCAAGCAGCGCCGGAUCAAGCUGGGCUUUACGCAGGCGGACGUGGGGCUGGCGCUGGGCACCCUCUACGGCAACGUCUUCUCGCAGACCACCAUCUGCAGGUUCGAGGCGCUCCAGCUGAGCUUCAAGAACAUGUGCAAACUCAAGCCCCUGCUCAACAAAUGGCUGGAGGAGGCGGACUCCACCUCGGGGAGCCCGACCAGCCUGGACAAGAUCGCGGCGCAGGGGAGGAAGAGGAAAAAGCGGACCUCCAUCGAGGUGAGCGUCAAAGGGGCCCUGGAGAGCCACUUCCUCAAGUGCCCGAAACCCGGCGCGUCCGAGAUCAACUCGCUGGCCGAUAGCCUGCAGCUGGAGAAGGAGGUGGUGCGGGUCUGGUUCUGCAACCGGCGGCAGAAGGAGAAGCGAAUGACGCCCCAGAACGGACCGAUGGCCGGCAACGAGGACGUUUACGGGGACGCCUCGCCUCACCACGGCGCGCAGACACCUGUUCCGUGAGAAAGGGGCGGCCUGACGCAUAAUCGACUGUCUCUUUGUCCCGGUCAACAAGCCCGUUCGGGGCGGACCGACGGUGAUGAAGUGUGUCUCUCUCUCUGUGUGGCACCUCCGAGGGCGCGGAGCGCGCGUGGUUGCGCGAACAAUAUACGGGCACGGGCGCCGGAAAACACGCUCUGAGGCGUUACGCGCCGCGGCUGAACCUAAAGAGGGAACGUAAAUAUUAUUUUAUUUAAGAGAUUUCUUCUUUUCAAGUCCGGGGAUCUGUGAAAGCAUCAUAUCACUUCCAACCGAAAGCUGUGAAAAAAGGCGUCAGGGGCGCGCCAUCUUCCCCUCAUGACCACAAAAGGUUUAUUGCUGAUUGAAAUUAAGCCGGUGCAGUCUACUGUGCAUUCUCUUCCGUAUAUUAAUGGCAAAUGCUUAAUUAUUAUUAUUAUUAUUAUUAUUGUUAUUAUUAUUAUUAUUGUUAUUGUUAUUAUUAAUUAUUAUUAUUAUUAUUUUCGUCAUAAUCACAAAAGGUUUAAUGCUGAUUAAAAUUGUGUGUUUGCAUUUCAUUCACCCUUAUAUAUUAAUGGCAAUAAAUAACCCAAUAGUAAUAAUAGUUAUAACAACAAUAAUAAUAAACGAAAUAUCUGCAUUAUUUAAAUAAAAGAUAAAAAAUUCUAAUACGCAAAAUUAACAACAAUAACAAUAAUAUUUAUUAUUUUGUAAAUUAUUACCAUUAUGUACAUAUUAACUUAUCUAAAAGCAUUACUGUUAAAUACAAACGUGAUCAUUUUUUAAAAGUCUAAUUUCGGUCACAACAAAGGCUGCCAAGUGCUGCUGUGUGUCGUUCACAAGCAAAGCAGCCCGAUUUCAUGCAGAUCACGGAUUCACACUGCUGGUGCAAAACAGAGGCCUGAGGAAACAGUAAAACCCAGAAACGCACAGUGUUGUGGAUCAUAUCGAAAUAUAUUCACAAAUUAAAUUAAAUGAUACCAGCUCUUUAUAAUUAACCACCCAGUUGGGGUUUUCUUACGGUUUUGAGUGAAUUUCUGUAAGAAUGCACCAAAAGCGUUCACGAUUUUGAGACAGUGGCUUGUUUAUGAACAUUUUUCCUGUUCUAAAUGUAACCAUUUUUGGUAAUUUAUCUUUUUCUGAUUUAGGAAAUGUAAAACAAACCAAAACCGACUCGUAUAAUUUGAUAUUUAUAUAUUCAAGAUAAAAACAAGCUGAGCUUUUAUUUCAUUUCAUUCAUUUGUCUGGAAACGCUUUAUGUGGAAAUGACAAGAUUUUAAAAACUACAUUGACGACAUAAUAAUAAUAAUAAUAUUUAUGUAAUAAUAAUAAUAGAGGCAAAUUAUUUUUGCUUGUAAUUAUUACAGUAACACCGAUCAAGUUUUAAAAACAACAACGCCAAAAUAACAACAACAACAAUAAUAAUAAUAAUAAUAAUAAUAACAAAGGCCAGUUUUCUUGCCCAUUAUUAUAGUAAUAUUGUGUGAAUUUGUGCGUCAACUAAAUGUAUAAGCCUCAACAUGUUUGUAUCUGUUUGCUCUUUUGUGUUUCUUGUUUAUCCCAAAUUUGUCUCCUUUUCUUUAACGGGAAAUAUAUAACACCAGCCGUGUUACACUGAUUUGAUGGCCUGCAUCGAAAAACAAGGACAUUGUGCGUGGAUUUUUCAUUUUGAAUUUUCUAUGGCUCUGUGAAUACUUGUAUAUUUGUGCACUUAACCUGGCACUGCCAAAGCACAAGCUGUCAGUGUGCCCUAUUGAGACCAGUAAUGUCUUUGGUUUUGACAGAAAAAUUGCACAGUUUUUAAAACGCCUUUUGUCAUUAAAUGAAUACGUUUUUAUAUAAAGAAGUGCCUCUCAUGAAUCUGUGCCCCGCGCAUGAAGAUCCUCAAGAUAAAUGGAUUCACAAUUUCUCACGUUAUUCCAGCAUCAAGGCUGUUGAAUAUAAUGUUGCCUCGGGAUGAGAUGAUGCUGUAGAUCCAUCGCAGCCCGUUGCAAUUGCUUCGCUUCGAUUUCUACGUGACCAUGGAGGCAAAUACUUGCCGUUUCACCGCUAAUGAAGACGGAUUUGACGGGUUCAAACGUGUGUCGAAAGAGAACGGAGACGUACGUGAAUAUUUUAUGAAGCUAUUCUGGAUUUAAAUAGGACUUUUUUAAAAUCCAAACAGGCAAAUGGCUUUAAAAUAUAUUCGUGGAAGCAAAAUAACUGUUGCUACUAAUACAUUAGUGAGCUGUUUAAUAAUUAAUAAUAGCUUUUAAACGAUUAAAAUGUAUGCCAUUUAAUAUAAUAUCAAAUAUCAUCGGUCAUUUCCUUUAAAUCAAUCAGCUGCAUUUUAGCAAAACGACCAAAACACUAGAUGCUAAUUUUAUUUAUUGUGUGUUUAUAAUGAACAGUGAGUCUUAGGGCCAUGGAAAUUUUUACUGCCUUGAAAAACUGCGUAAAGCCGCAACUGUGUGUUUGUGUGGCGAGUGUGUGCUAUGAGCGCCAUCUAUUGACAAAAAUGUGGUGGAGGAAAUUGAGAUAUUACAGUUGUCUGUGUUUGCAUGUUCCGUUUAGUCAAAUAUACAGUCAUGGAUUUUGAGCUUGGGGGUGUAUUUGAUAGAUAUACCCUGCCGUAGUCGCUCAUCUUGUAUGUUGUCAAUGCAGAUGGUACCUGUAGAGUUUUGUAUAGGUUGUAAGUCAUUGUAUAUUAGUUGUGAAUCAUAUUAAUUUCCCUCUGGUAGCGUGAGCAUCAGUUUUUCCUGACAAGGUUGUGUUUGUUCUUACCGUUGGAAAGUUCUUGUAGUCAUUUGGAGCAGGUGGAACAUAAACUUUGGAUCAAUCUCUAUUUUUUGAGGUUGAAUAUCAACUGAAUAUCAAAACUGAAUUUAUUUUAAAACCCCCGUGUGCUUUAAAUCUUGUGUUGGAUUCCAAGCAAUCUGCAACGCGGAAGUUAUUUUGUUCGAAUGUGCGAGACUUCCGUUUCAUUAGCCGCUAGUAACUAAAAUAAUAACAAAGUGCAGUAAACGGUAAACGUAUAUUUGCGUUACAAACCAGUGUGUUUAUGAUUACAAUAACAGAUUAAAACCACAUGACAAAUAAUGCCAAUAACGGUUUGUUUUUGGGAAAGUAAAUGAAGUGGAAGUGGAUGAUAGCCUACCGGAAGCCUCGCACAUUCAAGUUACAAACAGCCGCUUCCGGCUUUACGUUAAAAACAAAGUCGAUAUCGCACUUUAAAUUGAGAUAUUAAUACCCGAUUUAGAUUAACUGAAUAAAUAAAUGGUUAAAAUAAAACCAUAAAAUGUUUUUUAUAAUAUUUUAGCGUACUAAUUUCACUAAGCAGCCAUUUGUGACUGUCAGUAUAUAGCCUACACACUAUAUUGAUUAAUAUGAUUUGUGAAACUGGACCACAAAACCAAUCAUAAGGGUAAUUUUUUUAAAACUGAGAUUUAUACCAGCUGAAAGCUGAAUAAAUAAGCUUUCCAUUGAUAUUUGGUUUGUUAAGAUAUGACAAUAUUUGGCCAAGAUACAAUCUGGAAAUCUGGAAUCUGUGGGUGCAAAAAAACUAAAUAUUGAGAAAAUCACCUUUAAAGUUGUCAAAAUUAAGUUCUCAGCAAUGUAUAUUACUAAUCAGAAACUAAGUUUUGGUAUAUUUACAGUAGAAAAUUUACAAAAUAUCUUCAUGGAACAUUAUCUUUAUUUAAUAUCCUAAUGAUUUUUGGCAUAAAAGAAAAAUCAAUAAUGUAUUGUUGGCUAUUGCUACAAAUAUACCCGUGCUACUUAAGACUGGUUUUCUGGUCCAGGGUCACAUUUAAGUUUUUCUGUGCAUAAGGAAAGAAAUUAGGAGGUUUAAAAAUCCUUAUAAAUCAUGUGUAGCCUAUCAGUAAAAAAUAUUAAGAAUGAACUGUAAUCAGAAACCACACAUACAACCAGGAG